AUGUUAUCAAGCAAAAAUAAGGAGAUCCUAACUUUUAAAAAUUAUUUGUUCCGCCUGGAUAAAGUAGUCUCAGAUAUUAAUUAUUAUAGAUGUAUCAAUCAGGAUAUUUUUAAAUGUCCCGUACGACUUACAAAAAUAAAUGGUAAGAUAAAAGAUAAUAAAGAAAUACACAAUCAUCCAGAAAAUCCAAUCGAAAUGGAAACCAAGAAAAUAAUCAAUUCAAUUAAGAAUGAAGCUUUGAAUAAUACUAUGGAAACUCCAAACUUUAUUGUGGCGAAACACGUAUCUCGAUUAAGUGAUUCUAUAUCAAUGGCACUACCAUCACCGAAUCUUAUGAAACGUAUAAUUCACCGAACGCGGAGUUCAAACAGUUUUGCACCUCCGAAUCCUAGCAGCCUUAUUGAGCUGGUAAUUCCGCAUGAAUAUUCAAUUACAGAUAAGUAUGAGGAUUUCAUACUUAAUGAUGAUGGUCCGGUUCCCGACCAUGUUAUCAUAUUUGGAACAAGAAAAAAUUUAGACUUCUUAGCUUCAUGCGAACAUUGGUUUUCUGAUGGUACAUUUAAAUCGUCGCCACCUUUAUUUACGCAAAUUUAUACAAUUCAUGGGAUUAAAAAUAAUAAUGAUUUACCUCUCAUAUAUAUAUUGACCAAUAGAAAGGAUUAUGAAACAUAUAAAAGUAUAUUUACUAUUAUAGGUGACAACUUAAUAUCAACUUCAAAAAAAAUAAUGACGGAUUUUGAAAUGGCCAGGGUAAAAGCUUUUAAUGAAGUGUUUCCCAGUUCGCAACACAAAUGUUGCUAUUUCCAUUUUGGCCAAUCCUUUUGGCGAAACAUUCAAAAAUAUCCAAAAAUAUCGCAGAAAUAUAAAACAGAUGUGGAAUUUAAUAUACAACUUAGAAUGAUGGUUUGCUUAGCAUUUGUGCCACCCUUAAAUGUAGUUGAAACAUUUGAAUUACUAAUAAACUCCGAAUUUUAUUCUAAUAAUCAAUUGUUACUUUAG